UUCAUGACGUCACGACGUUGCAUUGCUGUUCAUUUCCGGUGGGAAGGUGUAUGGGCCACAUGCUUUUAUUUUGACUCUGAACAAAAAAAAAAAAACAUGUAUUACUUCCGGCAAGCUGGAGCUAGCGGACGAAUCAGCGGCAAUCACGCAGCGGUUCGGGAGGCGUGUACCGUCCUGGCUGUCAAACUGGGUUCCCCGAACCUCGGUCCGCCUGUCCUCGGCGCUGAGACAUGUGUCUCUCGCGGGUGGAAGAGGUGAGAGACAACGGCGUUCAUAAAAACGGUAAGCCAUCAUGAUUCCCAUCACGGAGCUCCGGUACUUUGCCGACACACAGCCGGCAUUCCGCAUCCUGAAGCCGUGGUGGGACGUUUUCAACGACUACAUCUCCAUCGUCAUGCUGAUGAUCGCCGUGUUCGGCGGCACGUUGCAGAUCACACAGGACAAGAUGAUCUGCCUGCCCUGCAAGCGGGCCAUCAACGACACGUGCGAGGCCUCGCCCGUCCCCGUCGUGUCGGAGCCCAAAGGCGUCCAGAAUGAGCUGGACCGCCAUCAGUACAGCUACAUCGACGCCGUGUGCUACGAGAGCACCCUGCACUGGUUUGCCAAGUACUUCCCCUACCUGGUGCUGCUCCACACGCUCAUCUUCCUGGCCUGCAGCAACUUCUGGUUCAAGUUCCCCCGCACCAGUUCCAAACUGGAGCACUUUGUGUCCAUCCUGCGAAAGUGCUUCGACUCCCCGUGGACCACCAGGGCGUUGUCUGAGACCGUCGUGGAGGAGAGAGACUCCAAGCCCUUGGGAAAGAUGAACGGCGUGGCGGACAAGAAGGCUUCGUCCAUGAGCGAGGACGUCGAGGCGAGCGUGCCCAUGCUCCAACGGACAAAGUCCAGAAUCGAACAAGGGAUUGUGGAUCGAUCGGAAACGGGGGUUUUGGAUAAAAAGGAAGGGGAGCAGGCCAAGGCUCUUUUUGAGAAGGUGAAGAAGUUCAGGAUCCACGUGGAGGAAGGAGACAUCAUCCACCGUCUUUACAUACGUCAGACCAUUAUCAAAGUCAUCAUGUUCCUGGUGAUCAUUAGCUACGCCGGCUACUUUGUCUUCUACAUCCGCUUCAACGUCAUGUGCACGGUGGAGACAGAGAAGCUGACGGGAUUCAGCAGCUUCUACUGCGCUCACCCGUUAGCAACGCUCUUCAAAAUCCUAGCCUCGUUCUACAUCAGCCUGGUGGUGGUCUACGGCGUCAUCUCCAUGUACACGCUGUGCUGGAUGCUCAGGCGCUCCCUCAAGCGCUACUCCUUCGAGUCCAUCCGCGAGGAGAGCAGCUACAGCGACAUCCCUGACCUGAAGAACGACUUUGCCUUCAUGCUGCACAUGAUAGACCAGUACGACCCGCUGUACUCCAAACGCUUUGCCGUGUUCCUGUCGGAGGUGAGCGAGAACAAGCUGAGGCAGCUCAACCUCAACAACGAGUGGACGCUGGAGAAGCUCAGGCAGCACAUCUCCAAGAACCCGCAGGAGAAGCUGGAGCUGCACCUGUGCAUGCUGAGCGGCGUCCCCGAGACAGUCUUUGACCUGGUGGAGCUGGAGGGGCUCAAGCUGGAGUUCAUCCCUGACGUCACCAUCCCGCCCAUCAUCGCCAAGCUCUCCAACCUGCGAGAGUUGUGGCUCUACCACACGCCCGCCAAAAUCGAGUCUGCCGCCCUGGCUUUCCUGAGGGAGAAGCUCAAGGCGCUCCACAUCAAGUUCACCGACAUCAAGGAGAUCCCCCUGUGGAUCUACAGCCUCAAGAACCUCGGUGAGCUCUACCUCACCGGCAACCUGAGCGCUGACAACAACCGCUACAUCGUCCUUGACGGAUUGCGGGAGCUCAAACGUCUCAAAGUUCUUCGCCUGAAGAGCAACCUGUACAAGCUGCCGCAGGUGGUGACCGACCUGAGCGCGCACCUGCUCAAGCUGUCCAUCAACAACGAGGGCACCAAGCUGAUGGUGCUCAACAGCCUGAAGAAGAUGGUCAACCUGAGCGAGCUGGAGCUGGUGCGCUGCGACCUGGAGCGCAUCCCGCACUCCAUCUUCAGUCUGCACAACCUGCAGGAGAUCAACCUGAAGGACAACAAUCUGAAGACCAUCGAGGAGAUCAUCAGCUUCCAGCACCUGCGCCGCCUGGUGUGCCUGAAGCUCUGGUACAACCAGAUCGCCUACAUACCCAUUCAGAUCGGCACCCUCAACAACCUGGAGAGGCUGUAUCUCAACAGGAACAAGAUUGAGAAGCUGCCCAGCCAGCUCUUCUUCUGCCACAAGCUGCGCUUCUUGGACUUGAGCCACAACAACCUCACUGUCAUCUCGGCCGACGUGGGCUCACUUCAGAACCUGCAGUACUUUGCCGUGACAGCAAACAGAAUAGAGACGCUGCCCAUGGAGCUGUUCCAGUGCAAGAAGCUGCGCUCGCUCCUCUUGGGCAACAACUGCCUGGAGACGCUGCCCUCACGGGUGGGCGAGCUCAGCGGGCUGACCCAGCUGGAGCUGCGUGGAAACAACCUGGAGUGUCUCCCUGUGGAGCUGGCCGACUGUCGGCUGCUGGAGAGGAGCGGCCUGGUGGUGGAGGAGAAGCUGUUCAACACGCUGCCGCCCGAGGUGAAGGAGCAGCUCCUGGGGGGCGACAACGAAAGCGUGAAGAUUUCCUAGAGGGACCAGCACUGACGCUGUCUGUCAAGUUUUCAGUAUGUGGCCCUCGCUGGAAAAAGUUUGGACACCCCUGCGCAAAAGGAACAUCAGCAACAUUUUUCCAGAAGCCACCUCAACAAACAACCGACUGACUUUCCACUGGUGUGCCCCCCGGGCUCGCUGCCAAGCCCCCCAUUUUGUGUCUUUGAAUAGAUUUGUUUGCUUUUUUUGCAUGAAACACGCCACCACUGUGAUGUCAGUGGGCUGAAAGAUGGCUCUCCGUGAAACGUUUGGAUUUUCUGAACGCUCCAUAUGAAUAGGAUGAUGAAAAGCGAGAACUGGGGGGAGGAGUUUGCGUUUACGUGUUAGCACUAGUGCCGCAUUGAACACAUUGCCGCAGCUCUCUGUUCAACUUUAACGCAGCAAAAAGAAGAACUAGCAGACUGUAAGAUAAAGGAUUGCCUUUGCAGCCCGGUCGGGCAUAGCAUGCGGCUAACAUGGCCUUAACUUUACGACUGAGUAUUAUUAGCUGCACAGGCUGCGUUCUUGUCACCAGUCUUGUUGUUUACUGUUUUAUGAUGCAAAAACAUUUCCCAUGUUGGAGCACAGUGUGGGUGCUCAUUGAAACGGAUGCGUACCUCUUGAGUGCUGUCAAGGCACAGAGGAACGUCACACCAGUGUAAAAAGAAGUGAACCACAAGCCAAACAACACACUGACUUUGACCUUUUAAGGUGUUUGAAUGCGUCCGCUCAACAGUGCUCCUGUGGUCAUGUGACCACAAGUCACGCGCUCUCUGCUGCCCGUCGGCCUCGACACAGGAAGCAAUCGGCUCGUUAAAACAGCCGAGUGUGCAAAAGUGCCAAAGCGCCACCGCCCGUCACGUGAGCCUUCAUGCUGCACCGCUGCUUUGACCUUCCAAGCUGCGGGGAAGACAUGCCGUCAGGCGAAUGUACACCUUGAGAGAAUGAUUGUUGGCUCGUGGACGACUGAACUUUCAUCUCUUUACGUCCUCAUUGCACUUUUGUACCGUAGUGAUAAUAAAACGGAACACGCACAUUCCUGUUUCCAAGUGUUUUCAUCGGGUGGCUGCUGGCACGUGCUCGCAUUUAAACGCUGAUGAGACACCUCACGUGUUUCUAACAGCCAUCUUCUUAUGUGCACUUCAAAAAAAACCUUGCUUAAAUAAAUCGUAUAUUGUUUUGAAUUGUGUUCCACAGUGUUCCAUUUUUGAAAUCCAACGGUAAAUUCACAAAAGUGACUUCUACGGUUGACGUCGCCCACCGUCACCAGCUAGCUGUCGCAGUUCAGUCCUGUUUCCGGAAGUGACGCUGCGGGGAGACACCUCUCACACCUCUCCGCUGAAGCACAGUAAACAAACGCUUGUGGAGGUAGAUCGGCGACUUGGUUCGGUAUAUUUUUCAUCCAAAUAGUAGUCAUACCAAAUUGUUGUGUUGCGGCCGGAUGUUCACAGUGUCUGAGUGACACUGUUAAGUUUGUUUUCUUUUCCAUAAGAGGAAGGUUUAAGACAAAAAUGGACGAAGCAAGUGCAGAGAACAGGAGACAUAUGGACGCCCACCUCGAGUUCUGUUUUUUGCGGUGAUCAUUUCACUGAUGACUGCUGUGAAGGAACACCUUUACAGGAAGCAUUUGGCAGGAAAGUAGGCUAUAAAUGCAUUUUGAAAAAGGAUGCUACUUCGCCGGUACACAGGAAACAAAAAGACAAGAAGAACAGAACCAGAGUACAGUAAGUCAUGUCUUGUUAUACUGUCUUCUAAAGACUAUUCCAUGAUAGCAACAAGACUGUAAAGCAUUGUACAAGUGUAUGUGUUAUAUAAACAUCUUUUCACAGCCAUUUGUUUACUGCAGGGGUGGCAGCUGUGAGGCCCAUUUCAAACAAUAAUUAAAGGAUAAGCAACCUUUUUUUUAAUCGACUUUAUUGUCGUCAAAUAUUUGUAAUUUUUUUAGGAUGUUGCGGAUCUCUGAUGCGCUCGAGCUGUGCUUUCUUUGAAAUUUCAUCAUUGAAAUGGAAAUUCUACUUCCUAAUUGGGAUGCAGAUGUUUCCAGUUGUGAAAAUAUCCCAAUUUAUUGACACAACAUCCAAAGCAGGAGAUCAAAAGGUCAUUAUGACAUAACAAAGUCGUAACGAUGACAUAAGUCCAAAUGAUGAGCUAAAAAUUCGAGUGUCCUGUGACAAAGGUGGCACAUGCACAGUUUGUAUCUCAUCAUUUGGACUUUUUAUCUUGUCACUUCAUAUUUCUACAUUAUUUCAUUAUUAUGACUUUUUAUCUCAGAAGUUUGACCUUGUAGCUCAAUUUGCUACAUUCUUAUCACAUAAUUAGGACUUUACUCUCGUAAUUUCAACUUUUUAUCUCAUAAUUUGGACUCUGUUGACUCAUAAUAGUGACUCUCAUAAUUCUGACUUUAGCUAAUCAUUUCUACAUUCUUAUCACAUAAUUAUGACUUGUUAUCUUGUUGUAUCUUGUCAUUUCUAUUUUUUUAUCUCCUAAUUCUACAUUGUCUUACCAUAAAUAUCUCAUAAUUUCAGCUUUUUAUUUCAAUAUUAGCUUUUUAUUUAGACUCAACUCAUAAUAGUGACUUUAUCUCAGAAUUUGGACUUCUUAGCUCUUAAUUACACAUUCUUAUCACAUAAUUGUGACUUUAUCUCGUAACUUCAACUUUUUAUCUCAUAAUGUAGAC